CAAAACGAAGCAUUAAUUUCUUUGAAUGAAAUUCAAUUAUAGAUUGUUCAGUUCAAAUUGUUCGAAUUCAACUAUUAGUUGAAAAUUCAUUCGUUACUGUUAUUUAAGGUACGUAAUCAUUAAGUUUUUUCGGUUGGAUUUUUUGUUUCAGCCAUUACUGAUGCUUCUAUUUAGUUUCGAUUUAUAAUCAAAGCAGGAGAAAAUUCAACAUACAUAACAAAAACCUUCAGAAUUAAACUUUUUCGUUGAAAAAUUUCAGUUUAGAAUUUGUUUCGGGUAUUAAGAUUUCAUUGUUCGACUAUUUAUUUCAAUAUCGGUUGUUGUUAUUUUGAUCGAUUUAACAAUUGAUCAAAUUGUGAAGCUUUGGAGAAUAUUUUCGCAGUAUUGUAUAAUCGAUUAUGAAAAUAAUUUAAACAAAUUUUGAGUUUAAUUUUAUUCAAUUAUUUUCUGAAAUGCUGGAUCAAUAGAUGAUUGAAUUGAGCUGCUGAAUGUGAUGAAAUUCUAUUCACACAUAUCAAAAUACAAAUUAGGUAUGCUCCAUAUGUAUUUUUUGAUAUGUUUAAUGUUAACACUGCAUAUGUAUUUUUGGUUUGCUUGUCAGAAUUUGAGAGUAUAACUGUUUUUGCUGAAAAUAUAUUUUAUACAAGUUUUACUUCUAUUCAAUUUAGUAGUUUUUGUAUUUGAUUUAAAACUUUUUUUGUGUUUGUAUUUUACUUUAAAUAAAUUUUGUUUAAAUUUAUUUUUUGAAUGGGGAUGUUGGCUGUGUAUCUUUGUUUGCAGUUAAAGCUGAAAAGUGUUUGUUUUAGCAAGUUACAUAUUUACAAAAUGUUUAUAUUUAUUUAUUUUUUGGUUAAAUCAAAUAAAAAUGGGAAGCAUACCAGUGCUUGUGAAGCACUCUGGCCGGUGGACGUAUGAGAAAAACUACGAAGAAUAUGUCACUGAUGCUAUACUGUUGAGCACAUCAGCAACAUUCAUUAAGUUACACGAUGAAUUGGCAUCUCACUUAAGUGUGGAUUUAACGAGGAAACGUAUUCUAGUGGAAUAUCAAAUUACUGCUAAUGCAGGGCAGAUAGAAAUAAAUAAUGAUAUGGGUUUAAAGGUGUUUAUAUUUCAGAAAAAGUAGAUACAAGACAUGAAUUAUCUUCCUUUAUAUGUAAGCAUUUUGGAGAAAGUUGUAGGAAGCAACGUGGAAAGUUCAUCUAUAUGUGUUGCUGAAAGAAUAACCAACUGUGACAACUUGUAAACAGUGAUAAAUACAACAAAUGAAGGAGCUUUGGUGGUUUGUGAAGAUACACAAGCAUUAGAUGUAUUUGAAAUGGAUACUGUUGAGGUGAUUAUCUCAGAUCCACAUCACAAGUAUGUUGAGGAAGACCAGAAUUACUUGAGAAAAAAAAAUUUAAAAAUUUUUGAAGUUAGUCAUGAAGGACUAUUCGAUUAGGGAGAAAUUUCAAACGCGAAGUAAAAGGUCAAGUAAGAAAACGUAUAUGUUAUUUUACAAAUCAAGAAACUGCGAGUUUUUAAUGCAUGCAUCAGGAAUGGAAGAAACUGGAAUGUUUAGAAUAAGAUAAUUCAGACCUCAACAUACAUGCCUGGUGAAGGACAAGAUCUAUCCAAAGUGCAUGUUACUAGUAUGUUGAUAGGUGGUAUGGUUAAACAAAAAUUCAAGAACCACAAAAUAAAAUACAAUGCGACGGAAAUAAAAAAUGACAUAAAGAAAGAUUUUGGUGUGGAUUUGACAUACACUUUAUGUUGGAGGGUCAAAGAAAGAGCGUUAGAAGAGUUGAAGGGUAAGUCAUCAGCAUCUUAUGGGAAACUGCCAUCAUACUUAUAUGUACUGAAUACUACCUAUCCAGAGUCACAUGUAAGAAUGAAGAAAAUAGAUGGGAAUGAGUUCUUGUACGUAUUUAUCGCUCUAAAUGCAUUCAUUAAGGGAUUCGAUCAUUGUAGACCAGUCGUAGUUGUUGAUGCUAGUCAUUUGAGAGGAAUGUAUAUUGGGGCAUUUGUAACAGCAUGUACAAUGGAUGGAGCAGGUCAUAUAUUCCCUUUGGCAUAUGGUGUGAUUGAUUCUGAAAAUGAUGCAUCAUGGAUGUGGUUCUUUCAGAAUCUAAAGAAAGCGUAUGGGGAAAGAUAAAACAUGUGUGUUGUUUCUGAUAGGAAUCCAAGCAUCAUAAAAGCUGUUAGCGAUGUGUACAACGAUGUUUCACAUUAUGCAUGUAUGUGGCAUCUAUGGGGGAAUUUUAAAAAACUUUACAGAAAGUCACACGAUGCAUUGUCGGAGAUCUUUUAUACAAUGGCCAAAUCAUAUUUAAAGUCAGAAUUCCACAUGUUAAUGAAAAAAAUUGAGAUAGUUGAUAUUAGGGUGAAGAAUUAUUUGGAAUUGGCUGGUUACGAAAAGUGGCUAGGUCCUAUACAACAGUUCACCGAGGAUGGACUUUGACUUCAAACAUUGCAGAGUCAAUAAAUGGAGUACUUGUAUCAGCUAGAGAACUGCCAAUUUAUGGCUUUCUUGAGGAAGUUAGAUUAUUGUUUGCAAAAUGAAAUUGCGAAAAUAGGCAACAGGCUUCAUAUACCUUCACACCACUCAUUGAAAAGUUUAAUGACAUACUCAAAGAGAACGAGGCUUUGUGUACUCGUAU